GCAAAAUUAGAUUUCAAGAAUUGCUCCCCUUGGAAAAGGCUCCACCAAUGUGCUGAAUGUCACGACCGGUAUGGCUUCAGUUUUCAACACCGGGUCACCGUUGCAAUGGUCAUUCGGCAUCAUGACGAGUUUCUUGACCGGUGCCUUCGCGAGUGUAUGCUGCUCAUGCGCAAGAUCCUUAGUAGGCUGGAGAAGCUCAAGGCCACAUGCGUACAGUAUGUGACGGCUACGCAGUGGUUGGUCCCAAUGAUCACCUUUAUGGAUGAUAAGGGUGGAUUGGCACAUUUGGGAGAAGGAGGAGGAGGAGGCGGAGGCCAAUCAAGUGAUCGAGAGAGACAAAGACGGCGGCGUCAUAUUUUGUCAGUUCAUGCACGGAGAUCUGCUGAUGAACAAAGCUUUAAGACUACUGUGGGGAAAUUGGAAAAGGCUUUUAACCAGCAGCUACAGGAGUUUGUGGCUCAUCUUUCGAGCUGCUCUCACAUGGAACCGUAUCUUACACAUUUGGCGCAAAAGCUUCAGGGUAUGGGUCAUGCAGAAAUCAGCUAUUCAUGAGGAUCCAAUCCUUCGAUCAUGCAUUCAUUCGUUAGUACGACCGGACUUCAUUAUCUGAAUAUGUCCGUCUGCGGGACAUUUCAUUUUUCUUACGGUGGGUAGGUGAUACACUCGCAACCAGUUUGCUUGUCUGACAAAGCCGUCAUCAGACAGGACCCGACUGCACGGGCGGGCAACAAAUGGGCAGAGGGACGCUGAGUAUAAUAAUCCUUCCAACAAAAUCUAAUUACCAUU